GUGACAAUCUUAAUAGUGGCAAACGAGAAAACGUAUCAUUAUAGGUCUGCAAAAUGAAGUGAGACAGUAAAUACAUUGAGGUCCUUACAUGGAAGUGUCAUUUUAAUUUGGUAGUAUUAUAAUGUAAGAUAUUAAAGAAACUGAAAUAUAGAUGGCGUUAUUUGUAAUGACGAUGAUGCGCGAUUGCGUAGUAGUUAUGCUUAGGUGUGUAAGAGGGCGCUAUCACAUCUUUUAUUGGUUCUACUCUUACCCUAUCUUUUUUUUCAGCUAAAAUAAAAAAAUAAAUAAUAAAAAUUUUGAGUUGCAUAUUGAAGCAAUUACUAAAAUUUAAUGUUUAUUAUCAAUUAGCCAGAAAUAAAAUAAAAUUCAAGAAUUUAUUUUCUACUGGCAACAUUAAAUCCAUUUUCUACAUGCAACAUUAUGCAAAAAUUGUCAAUCAAACAAAUUUGGCUGCCGGUUUGCGCUGAAGUGCUUUUCGGUGUCUUGUUUGUUUUUCCAGAUUUUAUCCCUAUUAGUGCUUUAUCCACCUAAGUCCGUUAAGUUGAGCCUCUGCUCCUUCGGCCGUGUCGAUUUUGUGCUUGAGGUGAUCGAAAUCUUGUGAAUUUUGUGCUUGAGAUAGGACUCGUUGACCCGUUUUGUGAUAAUUAAUAUUUAUCAUGUCUAAUAGAAAGUGUUGUGUUCCCGGAUGUACAAAUGGCUUAGACACUACGGGUAUUUACAUAAAUUCCCUAAUCCAGAUAAGGAUAGGCAGCUAUUUAAUACAUGGGUCUUUCAUAUUGGUGGUGACAUUUUGCAACUUGAAAAUAACCAUAUUUUCAAAUACCGCCGCGUCUGUAAUGAUCAUUUCGAACCAAAAUAUUGGUGCCGGAAUAACCGACUUGCCAAAGGAGCUGUACCUACAAAAAACAUGCCAGGAUUAUCUUGCUCGAAAUUCAGCAUUGAAAAAAGAGCACUAAGACCUCUUCAGAUUUCAGGACCGUCUACAUCAAAAGAACCUGCGCAUCUACAUAUACACUCACAAGGUUCAAUUGAAGAUGUACAAAUGAAAGAGAAUCUUGAUCCUGUCACUUCAGAAUCUCAGUCUGUACACAGUGAUAGACAGCCUCAUAGUGAAGAAGAAAAUGUUGAGGUGGUGAAAGAUCUUGUGCAUCGCAAAGUUAAAUGUGUUAGUAAGAAGGCGGUAAAACAGGUUGCUGUUACGAAAACUGAGCGUGCUCUGUAUCAGAAAAUGCUGCAAGUUGGUGUGAAACUCAGCAAAUGCCGUAGCAAGGUUAAAAAGCAGGCAAUCAAGAUCAAGGCCCUGCAAAAUAUUACUACAAACCCUCAAUUUUAGAAACUCUAGACAAAA